AUGCUCAAUGGGUCAAGCCCCCAGGCUGGAAAGAUUUGGAAGAAGGCAAACCUAACCUUCCUAGUUGAUGGCAAGCGCAUGACAGAGACCUUCCUAAUCUGCAACACUGGGUCACAUGCUGCCAUCUUAGGAAUCAAAUGGCUGGAAGCCCACAAUCCUGAGAUCAACUGGAACUCAUGCACACUCUCCUUCCCUCAUAGUCCACCGGAACACAUUGCAAUUGCCAAAGAGGAGGAAGCUGACAAAAACCCUCUUGAAGGAGUACCCUCCAAGUACCAUCAAUACGCCAAGGUAUUUGGAGAAGAAGAGUUCAAUAAGCUCCCUCCCCACAGGCAUUACAACAUCAGCAUUGAACUCACAGAGGAAGGCCCCCUGAACUCCCCUCUCUAUAGCAUGACUGACGCCAAGUCCGCCACACUCAAGGACUGGCUCAGGGAUGAACUCAAGGCUGGGAAAAUCUGUCCCAGCAAAUCAUCCAUCAGUUCCCCUGUCAUGUUUGUCCCCAAGAAGGAUGGUUCUUGCCGCCUAGUAGUUGACUACUGUUGUCUCAAUAACCAGACUAAGAAAAACGUAUAUCUGCUACCCUGUCCAGACAACCUCAUGGCCCAGCUCUGUGGUGCCAAAGUCUUUACUAAGUUGGACCUACAAUGGGGUUACAAUAACAUCCGGGUAAAAGAAGGUGAUGAAUGGAAGACAGCUUUUUGGACCAAGUACAGACUAUACAAAUCUCUGGUAAUGACUUUUGGCUUAACAAAUGCCCCUGCUGCCUUUCAACAUUUCAUGAACAAGCUGUUCAAAGACUUAUUAGACAUAUGCGUCAUCAUCUACCUUGAUGACAUCCUGAUCUACUCAAAGGAUGACGCAACUCACACCCAACACGUCCAUGAGGUCCUACAGUGUUUAAUGGAAAAUCAAUUGUUCUGUAAGGCUUCCAAAUGUACCUUUCACAUUACCUCAGUGGAAUACUUGCAAAUAAUUGUAUUGGAUAAGGGUUUUAGUCUGGAUAAGCUCAAAAUCCAGGCAGUCCAAGAAUGGCCAACACCCACCAAGGUCAAAGAGGUCCAAUCAUUUCUAGGGUUUGCUAACUUCCUCCAACAAUUUGUUGCCAACUUCAGCCACAUGGCUAGGCUGUUACAUAACCUAGUCAAGAAGGACACACCCUGGAAGUGGGAUACAAAGGAGCAGGCAGCCUUCCAAGGCCUAAAAGAAGCAAUCACAAAUGCUCCGGUACUUUGUCAUGCCAACCCCACAAAACCUUACUUCCUUGAAAUGGACGCGUUGGGAGCUGCCCUAGGAUCCAUACUCAGCCAGCAACAGGAAGAUGGCCGCCUACACCUGCUUGGGUUCCUGUCAGAAUCAUUCAAAGGAGCUGAGCAAAACUACAAUACUCACAAUAAGGAGCUUCUUGCAAUUAUCCGCUCCUUUGAGUAUUGGCGCAUCUUCCUAGAGGGAAUGGCACACCCCAUCACAGUCUUUACUGACCAUUGGAACCUGGAGUAUUGGAAAGAAUCCCGGACUUUCAACCACCACCACGCUAGAUGGCAUCUAUUGCUGGCUGGAUAUAACUUCCAAAUUGUGUAUUGCCCAGGGAAGCAGUUGGGGAAACCAGACACCCUCUCACGCUGUGCCAACCAUGCCAACAUCCCUCCUGCCAACCAAACCAUGCUACUGGAACCUGUAUUUGCCAAUGUUGCCCUAGUAUUGCUGGAAAAGGAACUACAACACCAGAUAGAAUCAUCCCUUGACCAGGAUGAAUCCUUGGAAGAAAUCCUGCAGUUCCUACAGAACAAGUCAAAGGCCCUGCCCUCCAUCAAACGCGCAUUCAAGGACUACAAAAUGGAGGCAGGGCUGUUGUUUUACCAAGGACGCAUUGUAGUACCAGACAUUGGCAUGCUAAGAACAGACUUGCUCUGCAUCUUCCACAACAGCCCCUUAGCAGGCCACCCAGGGAGGCAAUGUACCUUAGAACUAGUGUCAAGGAACUACUACUGGCCUGGAAUCCGUGCUGACACAUACUGGCACGUGGACUCUUGUGAAACAUGUCAACGGAUCAGAAAGCCCAAGUAUGCGUCAAUACCACCUCAGCCUCUUGAACUCCCUGCUAGACCCUGGCAACAUGUAUCAUAUGACAUGAUAGUAGACCUUCCCAAGGACAGGAACUACAACUCAAUCCUGGUCAUCAUUGACAGCUUUACCAAGUAUGGGAUAUUUGUAAAAUGCUCCAAGAAACUCAAGGCCCCUGAAUUAGCGGAGUUAUUCCUGGAACACGUCUGGAAACAACAUGGCAUGCCUGAAAAAACAAUCUUGGAUAGGGGCAGGGUCUUUAACAAUAAGUUCCUAAGAGCACUGUACAAACAACUAGGGAUAGACCCCCACUUCUCCUUGGCAUACCACCCCCAGAGCAAUGGGCAAACAGAACAAGCCAACCCAUCUAUUGAACACUUCCUCAGGGCCUACUUGGGGGUCAAUCAAAGGGACUGGACCAAGUGGGUCCCAAUGGCAGAGUUUGCCUAUAACAAUGCCAUACACAGUAGCACAGGCAAGACCCCUUUCAAGGCCUUGUAUGGGUGGGAACCUACCUUAACCCCAUCCAAUGUACCAAUGGAUGUUCCAGAAGCGGAUGACCUUGCCCAGACAAUGGAAGCUCAAUGGAAGGAAGUGGAAUCUGCCCUCUGGCAGUCCAAACAACAAAUGGUGGCCAGAGAAGAAGGAAACCCAACAGAGUUUGAGAUUGGAGAAGAAGUCUGGCUUGACGCCAAAAAUAUCAACCUCAAAACCCUAAGUCCCAAGCUGACAGAACAAUGCCUGGGACUGUUCAAGGUUAUCAAGAAAAUCUCCAACCAGGCAUAUUGUCUAGAACUUCCGCCAACCAUGAGAAUCCACAAUGUCUUCUAUGUGGGAUUACUGUCUAAGGUCAGAAGGGACAAGCAAUGCGCCUUCAAAAACUGUCCACCACCAAUCACUGUGGACAGGGAAGAAGAAUACAAAGUCAAAGGGAUAACAGACGCUGAGGAAAGAAACAGGAAAUGGUACUUCAGGGUGAAAUGGAAAGGAUAUGGGUCCAAGGAGAACACCCGGGAACCAUGGGAGAACCUGAAAAACGCAGAAAAAAUUUUAAAGAAUUAUGAAAAAGAGAUGAAGAGGAAGGCCCUUAGAGGGGGGGCAGUGUUGUAG